GAUUUGUAUUAUACGAACAUACUUUAAGUUUGACAUACUGACAGUAAGCUGCGCUGCGAGAAUUGAGGGAAUUAAAUGUUAGGUACUAAAGAAUUAAAUGUAACUUUUAUGAAGAAGCCAAGCAAAUUCGUUAAGUGAAUUCAUUAGACUUUUCAAAUUCGAACAGAUCUCAUCAACUGAGGUGACAACUGGUAGAAAAUGUAUAAUGGCAUUGGACUUGCAACUCCCAGGGGAUCAGGAACAAAUGGACAUGUUCAAAGAAAUUGGGCCGUCGUGAAGCCCCGUGACAGAGAGAAAACCUACAGAAGUGAACAGGAACUUGCCACUUUGGACACUGCUUCGAAUAAACAACCUAACAGAGAAAUUCUGGACCAUGAACGUAAACGAAAAAUUGAAUUGAAGUGUGCAGAGUUUGCUGAUAUUCUCGAAGAACAGGGAUUCACUGAAGAAGCCAUCAACAAUAAAGUGAACAAUUACAGAAACAUGCUGAUGGGACAAGGAGGCAAACUAGAAAAACCAGUGGAUCAGUGGGGUAGACCAUGUGUGACCGAAACUCAUCAGGUAGCCGAAGCUCAACAGGAAAAGAACGCUCGUCUUCGAGAGGCGUUCGGCAUAUCCGAGUACUUCGUAGAUGGCAGUAGAGCCAUAGAAAUUGCUUAUUCAUCUAGCGAAGAGCCAAAAAAGAAAAAGAAGAAAAAAACCAAAAAGAAAGAAAGAAUUGAAAAUCAAAUUCAUCAAUCUCAUACUUUUCUUGAUUUGGACAUUUGUUGCACCACUUUGUAUGCUUCGGAUUGUCUGUCUCAUCUGUUAAUUUUUUUGAUCGUUACAACUGUAAUUUUCAAUAGUGAUUUAUCCGACAGAUCCACCAAAUCCAAAGAAAAAAAGAAGAAGAAGAAAUCUAAAAAAGACGACUCCUCUGCGGAAUCGGAUUCUGAUGAUGAUUCAGACGAGGACUCGAGCAGCGAAGAUGACAGGAAGAAAGAGAGGAGUAAAAAGAAGGAGAAGAAAAAGUCUAGUAGAAAGAGAAGCCGUUCUUCAUCCGAGAGUUCAAGAGACAGUUCACCUGAGAGUAUCAAAAAGUUGAAAUUAGAUAAACCACGAAAGAAGAGGAGAGCUAGAUCACAGUCUGUCAGGGAAGAAAGAGCACCGUCAUUUGAAAAACGACACGCUUCUAAAAAAGAUAGAUCAGUUUCUCCAAAUUAUACCAAAAAAACUGAAAGAUCUCGAAGACAUUCGAGAGAAAGAGAUUAUGAUGUUUCAUCUAAAAAAUAUAAAAACAAAAAAUCCAGAGAUUCCAAGUCAGUGGAAAAAAAGAAGAGACCCACAUCAGAGUCUGCUGACAGGAAAAAGAGGUCCAGAUCCAGAUCGGUUACUAGAAGGCGAAAAUCUAGGUCUGUGGAGAUACCAAAGAGAUCUGGAUCAGUAGAAAAAUCCAAAAAAUCAAGAUCCAAAUCCCGAGAUAAAAGAAGGAAAUCAAAGUCCAUUGAAAAAAGACACAAAUCUAGAUCUAGGUCAUUAGAAGAAAAACGGAGAUCUAAAAAGUCUAGGUCUCGUUCACCUAGUAGGAAGAGGAAGCUAACAGCUAGAUCUAAGUCAGUGGAGAAAAAAAGAUAUAGAUCACCGUCAGUGGAGAAGAAAAGAAAUAGAUCGCGGUCUGUAGAAAAGAUAAGAAACAGAUCCAAAUCAGAAGAGAAGAAAAGAAAGAAAUCCAGGUCAGUGGAGAAGAGAAGGAGUAGAUCUAGCUCUAUAGAAAAGAGAAGAAGCAGAUCUAGGACGGUGGAAAAGAAGCGAAGAUCUAGUUCUAGGACGGUGGAAAAGAAGCGAAGAUCUAGUUCUAGGACGGUGGAAAAGAAGCGAAGAUCUAGUUCUAGGACGGUGGAAAUGAAGCGAAGAUCUAGUGAUAAGACUGUGGAAAAGAAGCGCAAAUCUAGAUCUAGGACGGUUGAAAAGAAGCGCAGAUCUAGGUCUGACUCGGAAGGUCAUAAAGUCAGAACAAAAAAGGUCAGAUCACCUGUCUGUGAGAGGUCCAGAAGUAGAUCUAAAGAGAGGAGAACAAAAAGAAGGUCCGAAUCUCCAUCAAAAGAUAUUAAAUCUAAUAAUAGAUCCAGAAGAAUGAGUCCAAGAAUAUCCAAAUCACCAGAUCAUUCAAGAAAAUCACCUUCCAAUCAGAAAAGGCUUUCCAGAAAAACUGAUAGAUAUGAAGUGAGGAGUGAACACUCCAGUCCAUCUCCUUCAAAAGAAAGUCCUCCAAGGAAGGACAGAUCACCUAAAACUAGUAAGAGAAGUCAGUCUCCCAAGAAACGAGACACAUCUCCAAGGAGAAGGAAAUCAUCCCCCCGAAAAAGGAGCGUGUCCCCUUUGAAAACAAAGUCCUCUGCUUCGAGAGGUAGUCAUUCUCCUGAUAACAUUUCUUCCGGGAAAAAGGUGUCAGAAGCUAAGAAAGACCUAAUUUUAAAAAAUUCGAUAUUGGCUCUUUUGAACCCUGAUAGAGCUGCUGAAUUAGCGACAUACAAUGAUACCUUAAAGAAAUUUGAAGGUGAUAGUGUUAGCGAAACUAAAAGGUCUAGGGAGUAUUCUAGAGAAGAUAAGUCUAAAUCACCGGAGGGAAUAAAACACGAUUUAAGAGUUGAAAGCAGUGAAAGAAGUACUGAUAAAAAGAAUAGCUAUGAAAAACCUUCGAGUCAUAGUUCCUUGAAGAAGUUAUCUCCGACUCCGGAAAAUAAAAUCAAACAUCCUAGAAGCCCUCCAGAGAGGAAUACCAAAUCCAGAUCUCCUAGUCCUGAAGUUACAAAGCACAAGCUACGCGAACAGUCUAAAAAGAAAAGUGCAGAAAAAUCCAAACCAAAAAAACCUUUGCCAGUAGUAAGGUUGAGGGCUUCUUCUAGCGAACCGGAUCCUUCCAACAGCGAUGCUGAGAAAGACGAAGAAGUCGACGACAAAGAACUGAGAAUGCUGAGAUUAUUGAAGUCUGAUUUAACGGCCAAAGCAAAGGAAGCCCUCGAAAGGAAGAAAGAAAGACCACCCAGUCCCAAAAUGAUUGCGAAGAGGCAUAUUGAGCCUGAUUUCUUUGACAUCAAAGUUCUACCUUUGAGAAAAGAGGAAAAGUCUCCAGAGAUAAAUAAAGACGAAUUCAAUAUAAAGGAGCAUCGUAGUGUGAGCAAGUCUAGGUCGAGAUCGAAAAGCUAUUCGAAGAGUCGAAAAAGUAAAUCCAGAUCUAGAAGUUCAUCAGCUUCGAGUGACAGUUCUAAAGGCAGAAGCAGAUCAUCAUCUUCCAGCAGUAGCGCUUCACGCUCAAGGUCGAGAUCAGUUUCUAGGUCACGCAGCAGGUCGAGCUCAGUGAGUAGUUCAUCUAGCUCAAGUACGAACCGCUCCAGGUCGCCCUCAAUUCCACGAAGACACGGUUCGCCCAGUUUUUUGGACAGAAGAAGGAUUACGAGCGCAAGGAAGAGGCCUAUACCUUACACAAGAGCCUCUCCAUCUUCUCCAUCAUCUGAGAGCAGCUACAGCAGCGCAAGCCCUUACUAUUCACAUCAAAGAUCGACAAGCCGAUCUCCUAGCCGACGGUCUUCUAGGUCUCACUCCCGCUCACCCAUUCGCUCUUCAAAAUCCCCCUAGCGUUUAAUUGAUUGCCUGAAUGAAGUCAUAAAAAAAGUGCAAUAAUUUUCUAUGUAAUACUCAAUGAUAUUUGUUUGGGUUGAUUUUCAGUUCACUGUGGCAUCUGAGCUUUUUUGUUUCCCUGUAUAGUUACUAGAUAUAAAUCGUUUGUAUAUAGUUUGAAGAUAAUUCACCCAAAUACUCGGCCAUGAUUGACUGACUUUAUCAGGGGACAAUCAAGAGAUAUUCUAACAUUCUUUGUUUGAUAUUCAAUAAUUCAAAUCAUGACAUGAGAAUGUUUUACUUUAGCAGAGAUUUACGCCCAUCCUGUGAAUGCUCGUUUUCACUAAAAAUGUUCAUUUUCAAAAACUGCUAUAUCGAAAAAGUACAGCCAAGGAAAAAUGAAGUUUCAUUU